UGGCAGUUUCCCUCCAGUCCGUCUCAGACGGGAUCAUCUUGUGUUCCAGGUUCUGUUCCUCCUCCUGGACCCGGGUUCUGCUGAUGGAUUAGAGUCUUGGUUCUGUUUCUCUCUCAGUGUGUGACCCUCAGUCUGGUUUUCCUCUUCUCCACAGGAGCCUUUGGAACCUCCUCACUCUGCUUCGAGUUGCAGUCAUGCCUCCGUCAGCUCCGCUCGCCCUGGGCCUCCUGCUGGGACUGUGGCUGCAGUGCUGUUGGAGUCAAACCCCGCCCCCCUCCUCCACCCGGGCCCCGCCCCCCUCCUCCACCCGGGCCCCCGGCACCGCCCCGCCCCCCUCCUCCACCCGGGCCCCCGCCCAGCGGCUGAAGGUGCGCCUGGCCGGAUACCCCCGCAAGCACAACGAGGGGCGGGUGGAGCUGUUCCACCAGGGCGAGUGGGGCACCGUCUGCGACGACGACUUCUCCAUCUCCAACGCCCACGUGCUGUGCCGCCAGCUGGGCUUCGUGGAGGCCACGGGCUGGACGCACAGCGCCAAGUACGGCAAGGGCCUCGGGAGGAUCUGGCUGGACAACGUCCAGUGCGGCGGCGGCGAGAAGAGCAUCGCGCUGUGUAAGUCCCGGGGGUGGGGCAACAGCGACUGCACCCACGACGAAGACGCCGGCGUCGUCUGCAAGGACGAGCGGAUCCCCGGCUUCGUGGACUCCAACGUCAUUGAUGCCCACGUCAGCGAGAACAAGGUGGAGGAGGUGAGGCUGCGGCCCGUGGCGGCCACCAAGAGGAAGCUUCCCGUGACGGAGGGCGUGGUGGAGGUGAAGCACCGGGACGGCUGGGCGCAGGUCUGCGACCUCGGGUGGAGCAUCAAGAACACCCGGGUGGUGUGCGGCAUGCUGGGAUUCCCCCACGAGAGGAGGGUCAACAAGAACUUCUACAGGCUGUACCUGGAGCGCCAGAAGAACUUCUUCUACGUCCACUCGGUGGCGUGCAGCGGGACGGAGGUCCACCUGGCGGCGUGUCCUCUGGAGUUCAGCAGGCCCAACUCCACGGGCGCCUGCCCGGGCGGCGCCCCGGCGGCGGUCAGCUGCGUUCCGGGGCCGCUCUUCACGCCCGGCGGCCUGAAGAAGAAACUGAAGACGUCGAGCGGCGUGCGGCUGAAGGGCGGCGCCCGGCUGGGGGAGGGCCGCGUGGAGGUGCUGCGGGGCGGCGAGUGGGGCACGGUGUGCGACGACCGCUGGAACCUGCAGGCGGCCAGCGUGGUGUGCCGGGAGCUGGGCUUCGGCAGCGCCAAGGAGGCCCUGACCGGCGCCCGCAUGGGGCAAGGAAUGGGUCCCAUCUACCUGAGCGAGGUCCGGUGUCUGGGGACGGAGCGUUCCAUCUGGAACUGUCCCUUCAGGAACGUGUCCUCGGAGGACUGCCAGCACCUGGAGGACGCCGCGGUCCGCUGCAACGUUCCCUACAUGGGCCUGGAGAACACGAUCCGGAUCACUGGAGGACGGACCCGCUACGAGGGCCGGCUGGAGGUCCUGAGCACAGACCCCAACGGGACCCAGACCUGGGGUCUGAUCUGUGGGGAGACCUGGACCACCAUGGAGGCCAUGGUGGCCUGCAGGCAGCUGGGCCUGGGCUACGCCAACCAGGGCCUGAAAAUCCGGAUAGCGGGCGGCCGCAGCCCCCAGGAGGGCCGGGUGGAGGUCCGGGUGGGGUCCAGGUGGGGCACAGUGUGCAGCUCAGGCUGGACCACAAAGGAAGCCAUGGUGGCGUGCAGGCAGCUAGGGCUGGGCUACGCCGUGCACGCCGUCACCGAGACGUGGUACUGGGACAGCAGCAACGUGACGGACAUGGUGCUGAGCGGCGUGCGCUGCAGCGGGACGGAGAUGUCUCUGAGCCAGUGCCAGCACCACCCAACCGUCAGCUGCCAGAAGGCCGCCGCCAAGUUCGCCGCCGGAGUCAUCUGCUCAGAGACGGCCUCGGACCUGGUCCUGAACGCCUCCCUGGUCCAGCAGACGGUCUACAUCGAGGACCGUCCUCUCCACAUGCUGUACUGCGCCGCCGAGGAGGACUGCCUGUCCAAGUCCGCCGCCAAGGCCAACUGGCCGUACGGACACCGCCGCCUGCUGCGCUUCUCCUCGCAGAUCCACAACAUCGGCCGGGCCGACUUCAAGCCCAAAGCCGGGAGGCACUCCUGGGUCUGGCACGCCUGCCACGGGCACUACCACAGCAUGGACAUCUUCACCCACUACGACCUGCUGAACGCCAACGGGACCAAGGUGGCCGAAGGUCACAAGGCCAGCUUCUGCCUGGAGGACACUGACUGCCAUGAGGGCGUCUCCAAGCGGUAUGAGUGUGCUAACUUCGGGGACCAGGGCAUCACAGUGGGCUGCUGGGAUCUUUACCGCCACGACAUCGACUGUCAGUGGAUCGACAUCACCGACGUCAAGCCGGGGAAUUACAUCAUGCAGAUCGUGAUCAACCCGAACCAGGAAGUGGCCGAGAGCGACUUUACCAACAACGCCAUGAAGUGCAACUGCAAGUACGACGGCCACCGGGUCUGGUUCCACAACUGCCACAUCGGCGACGCCUUCAGCGAGGAGGCCGAGCGGAGGUUUGAGAAAUACCCCGGACAGCUGAACAACAGAAUCUCUUCAUGAACGCGGAACCCAGAAGAGCGCUUGGCCGCGGCUCACAGACCGUCAGGUUCCGGUGCUAGAACGGCUCUCCAGCAGGUUCCUCUGGGUUCUGUUCCCGGAGGAACAGAGUUCUCCAGAGAACGUCUUCUUGUACUUGAACCCUGCAGAGUUUGGUUCCCGGUUCCGUCCUGGUUCUGAGGUGAGCCGGAACACAAAGAGCUCCUGAAGUCAGGUUCCAGUUGGAGCGUCUCAUUCUGAAUGCUUUUAUUCUGAAAGUUUGAUUCUUAUUAACCAAACAAACGGGUUCUCCUCCGGAACGUCAACCGGAUCCUGAGGAGAACAGACGGUUCCUGUGAAGUUUUCCUGCCGGCUGUUUCCUCCAAACUUCCUGAAUGUAUUUAAGACAAUAAAG